AAUACAUGUAAAGGUCUUAGCAAGGUGUCUAGCGCCUGGUAAGCACUCUUAAGCACUGGCUCUUAAGGCAUAGUCCUUGCCUCUCAAGAGCUCACACUCUACAGUUGCCCCUGUCCACCUGACCCAUGUGGCAGGCAGGGCCAUCUGGGUCUUCUGGCACCUCGAGUGACCCAUAGUUCCUGGCAUCACAGGAUGAACCAGGUGAAGUUCCAGCGUCACAGAUUCGCGUGUGACCCUGGACAAGUAAUUCCUACUCUCUGGAUCUCACAUGCAUUUGUAAAGGACGGACGGUGGACCAGAAGUGACUUCCAAAUCCCAACAAACUCCUUGUUCUGGGUAGCCCAAGUUGAAACUAUGUCAGCUUGAGCAAGUCACUCAACCUCUCUGAGCUUGUUUCACCAGAAAAACGGGAUAAUAUUACUAACCACCUCCCAGGUUAUGGCGAGGGCUCCUCACGCCAACGGAAACCCCAAACUUCUGCGCUGGCUCAGGGGAGGCCGCCUUUAUAGUCACUCGCCUUUGCCAUGCAGCGCAGGCGCGCUGGAGCCCGGACCGCGCUCGCCGAGCCUGCAGGUUCCCGACUUCCGGUUCCGAGGCGACCCCGAGGCCAGACUGAGACUAAUGGCGGCGUCCAUGAAGCAAGCCACCGGGGGCGUUGAAGAGACCGCGGCGGAAGAGGAACCGCGAGUUCUGGAACCCGGGGCCGCCCCAUUCGGAAAUUUCCCUCAUUAUUCCCGCUUCCACCCUCCAGAGCAACGGCUCCGCCUCCUGCCUCCAGAGCUGCUUCGCCGGCUCUUCCCUCAGAGUCCAGAGACAAGGCCGAUCCUGGGGCUCGACGUGGGGUGUAACUCCGGGGAUCUGAGUGUGGCUCUAUACAAACAUUUCCUUUCCCUACAUGAUGGGGAGACCUGCUCAGAUGCCUCAAGAGAGCUCCAUCUCCUCUGCUGCGACAUAGAUCCAGUCCUGGUGGAACGAGCUGAAAAAGAAUGCCCUUUUCCUGAUGGCUUGACCUUUAUCACCCUGGACUUCAUGAAUCACAGGACCCGGAAAGUUCUCUUGAGCUCUUUCUUAAGCCAGUUUGGAUGCUCAGUUUUUGAUAUUGGCUUCUGCAUGUCAAUAACCAUGUGGAUUCAUCUGAACCAUGGGGACCAAGGCCUUUGGGAGUUCCUGGCCCACCUUUCUUCCCUGUGCUGCUACCUCCUUGUGGAACCACAGCCCUGGAAGUGUUAUCGGGCAGCUGCAAGGCGUCUCCGGAAGCUGGGCCUCCAUGAUUUUGACCACUUCCGCUCCUUAGCUAUCCGAGGUGAUAUGGCUAAUCAGAUUGUGCAGAUCUUGACCCAGGACCAUGGCAUGGAAUUAGUAUGCUGCUUCGGCAACACCAGUUGGGACCGAAGCCUUCUGCUCUUCAGAGCAAAACAAGCCACAGAGACUCAUCCGAUCCCUGAAUCACUGAUAGAAGAAGGGAGAGAAAGGAACAGAAUAAGAUUCUGGAGACAAUGAGAUGGGAGGGAGGAUAGAGAUAUUGAAAGGGGUUUAUACAAAGAAUUAAGUUCAUUCUCCUUAACUCCUGAUAGUUAGGCAGCUUUAAAACUUGGCAGAAGCUUUUUAAAUGUCCAGGACAUGCAAUUAAAAGAAUCAGUAUCUUCCUCAUUUGGGGGGAUGAUCCCUGAGGAGAAUAUACCUGUGAGGCAAUGAUCUGUCCUAUCUGGAAUGACCUAGAGAAAGUGACCCUGGUUCUGGGAUAUGCAAGGGGCUGCUUUUGGUGGUUAUUUAGGAAGACUUAGACCAGGUUAGCCUUAGAAUGUCCCUUCCCUGGGCUCCUUAAAUCUGAUCUGCCUUCAGGCUUCUUCUAGACUUAUUCAUCCUGUCUAUGAGACAAAACCUCACAAUACAAUCUGGAAUGAAAAGUCAUUAGCCUGGCUAAAGGAGAAGCUUUGGUAGGAAGAACAUCUUUCCAGAGCAGGUCAAGUUUCCAACAUGCCCAGGCUGAGCACAGCAGUUACAGAUACAGUACUAACCAAGAUGCAUCAACUAGCAUUUAAAAGAUGUUUAAAAGAUUAAAUUAUGAACUCAAAAUCCAACCGGUACAAAUGGGAUGAAUGAAGUGGGAUUGUAUAGAAUAUAUACAAUUAUAUUUUAUAUAUAAUAAAAGUGACUUGAGUAUGGUUGAGAAUGCCUUGUGAAUCUGGAGUAGGAAAGAAAUUUCUGCCUUUAACCACUCUACCCAUGGAGGUUUCAACUCAAGAAAAGGAACCUCACCCAAGCUCAAAACAGAAAACAUGCCAGCGAGUAAGUUAAUUCAGGACUUUUUUUGUCAGUGUCCUCUGUCAAAGCACACCAGUAUGGAGGUGAGGGGGGCAUACACCAGUAUGGGGGUGGGAAUACGUGCAGAGAAGCCUACACAAAAUGCAGCCUACAAUUGGAUGGCUACAGCGUCAGUGCUAUGGGAUAGGUGUCACUGAUGUGUGGCAGGUGUUGAUUUUUAAAACACCCAUGAGUCCACUUCAAGGGAAAGUGAAAGAUAGAGAAGAUUUGGUGGAGAGAAGAUGGAAAAACAAAACAUACCUAGCUAAGAAGGGAGAUUGGAUUGAUGAGCUUCACAACCUCUAAGAUCCUAUUAUUUUCUGAGUUGAUGUUAUAGAAGGAACAACAGGGAACAAGAGAGUCUGAACCACCAAUGAGAGGUUGGACUUUUUGAAGAAGUUAGUAAAAGUUCCUACUAAGGAAUUUGAACUUUAUGCAGAGAGAGCAGAAGCCAGAGCAGUUCCUAAAUAAUAGGAGGAUGGAACCAAAACCUUCAUUUAGGAAAACCAAUUUUUCUAUUUUGUGCAGGAUAAUUGUAUGGUUGGUGCCAUUUCCAGUCUCAAUUAGGCUCUAAUACUACUUCUCAGUCUUUUUAUAUUGCUGCUCCUGAUCACUUUUAUCCUAGUGACUCUUCCAGACUUUUACCCUUCUGCAGGCAGGCUCUUGAUUCUAUUCCUGCUCCAUUCUCCAUUCAUCUAAGCAGGUGACCUAACCACCAACUAGUGCCAUUUUUGUUUACUGUGUCAGGAAGUCUUUUCUUGCCCUCAGUCUUGAACCCCUUCAUCUUCCCUUGUUUUCACUUCUAAACUUACCCAGUGAGCUUUUACCCAAAUAACCUCUGCCUAAGUUCCAGAUCCCAACCUCUACUACCUCUCCCAAAUUGUACUUUAUUAAGGAUCCCCUUGGUGUCUCCUUGGCCUCAUUGAACGUUCCUGUCCACCUACCAACAUGCUCAGUUCUCUCUCACCUUCAAAACCACCAACUUUUCCUGUGUCCUAUCUCCCUCUCAGCCUUAUGCAAUCUCCAUCUCUUCACCACCAUACAUGAGCAAAGCCCUUGAAAGAAUACAUGCCACCACCUCUGCUUCCUCAUCUCCCAUUCAUCAGUGGCCACCUGAAUGCCAUAUUUUGAGGCCUCUUUUCAGUCUUCCUCCUGGGCCAUGAAACCAUUCAACACUAUUAACUCCUUCCUUAUUGAAUCACGCUCCCUUUAAUUCUCUGCCAUUCUCUGCCAUUAUUCUCUUCCAAUCUUUUAGUUUCUCUCUACACCUUAAGCAAUUGGUUCACAUUUUAAUUUGCAUAAGCAUUACCUGGGGAGUCCUGGAUUCAUCUCUAGAAACUGUGAUUCAGGUCAGAAAUGGGGCUCAGGAUUCUGGUUUGGUUUGAUUUGGGGUUUUUUGAAAUUUUUAUUGAGGAAAAAUAUAUGUAACAUAAAAUGUACAAUUUUAACUGUU